AUGCUCUUACCUCAGCAAACUUUUGUGUGAUUACACAGACACACUUUCUUACUUUCGGUUUUAUCAUUUUAUAAAAUGUCAUUGUCAUGAUGAUCAAGUUCUGGCAAUGUUAAAACAUGGAGGUGGAUAGUGAUGAAUUUUUUGAGGAUGAGUGGUACAGUCAUUUAUUGCUUCACCAACCUGCAGGUGUUCUGUAUGAAAUAUUCAAGCACUUGGACUGGAUGGACCUGUGCUCAUUAGCACAGACGUGUACUAAAUUCAGAGAUCUCAUCAAAAAAGCUACAAUAUGGAUGCAGAUGAAAUUAUUAGAUUUUACAAACUGUCCACUUCCAAUGGCAGAGAAAAUGUUGAAUAUUGUAAAACGUUGUCCUAAUGCAGAGAACAUCAGAGUUGGAGGAAUGGUUUUGGAACUUUCAGCAUUAGAUGAUUUUCUUGCAUCAGUUUUUGAUUGUUGUCCUCACUUAAGACAGCUGUACAUUAACAACCCAUCCAUAAACAAUGAGUGCAUGGAAGUGUUGCACAGAAAGGGAGAGAACUUGGACGUUUUAUCUGUGAAUUUGUUUGAUGAAUACCUAGACAGUCAACACCUGACUCAAGUGGUAGCCAUGAAAAACCUGGCAGAACUCAAUAUCCAACAGUGCAGGUCAAAUAUUUUUGUCCAAAGAGUUGAAGAAAAGCCAACAUAUAAUAUUAGAAAGCUUAUAUUGAAUGAUUCGAUGUUGCAAGGAGAAAAUGUCACAGAGAUUUUACGUUCAUGUGUGCAUUUAGAAUACUUAGACCUCCAAAAUUCCAUAUCAACAUUUCCCACAGACAAUUUACCUGUUAGAAAUGGAUUAAAAAGACUAAAGGUCUUGAAUUUAGGACAAAAUGGUUUGCAGACUCUUGAGGUGGAACAUCCCUUUCCAAGUCUUGAGUCUUUGAAUAUUGACAUGUGCCAAAUCAUAGAAUCUGUAAAAGUGGCAGCACCUCUUUUGAAUCAAUUUUCAUGCAAUUCCUGUGAUGUCUUAGAGAGUCUUGAGUUGUCUCCCUGCAGCAUAAAUUCUGUACACCUCAGACUGGAAUCACUCCAGACUAUGCAAAUCAACAGUGUCUGUCUACAGGAAGUGGAAAUCUCCUGUAACAAAAGGUUAUCAUGCGAGUCUUUCAUGGCAGCUAUUCCACACAAAGAUCAAAUCCAAAUAUUAACACUGGACCAGUGUGAAGGAAUAUCUGCACAGGAUCUCAAUGAAAUUCUAAACGAACUACCCAAUCUGAGGGAGUUGAAGGUGAAUGUUGGAGAACCCAGAGUGCAGUGGAACCAGGCAGAAAUAAGAUCUCAGACACUCAGAAUCCUUCACUUUGGUGGCUGCUUCAUUCUGUCCAGUCUUCCAGUGAAUGCCUCCACUCUGACCUCCUUACAUCUACAGGGCUGUAGAGAUUUUGAGGAGGCAGAGCUCUUUGAUGGGCUGUUGUAUGGCAAAAGGAUACAGAGAACAAGAGGCAUGGAGUGUCAGUGGAAUCAAAGGGUGGAUCAAGCUAUUUUUGAAAACCAUAGUGGUGUAGAGAAUUUACAAGAGCUGUACCUGUCAGAUAUGAAGGGCAUCAAAGGAACAUUGCUCUCCUCAGUUGUCAACAACUUUAGGUCCCUCUCCAAACUUGUCAUUAAGAAAUGCAGUUUUUUCUCACAGCUGUCUCUUUCAAAUUGCACCACUAUAGAAGUUUUAUGUAUAGAAAGCUGUCCAAAAUUUACCUCCUUGAAUAUCUCGAACUCUCCAAAUCUCCAUAUUCUCCAUGUACAGUACUGCAGUAUGAUGCAGCAGUGUAUUGUAACAGCCAAUCAACUGACUGACGUUGAUUUCAAUGGAACAAACUUCUCACACUUUGACCUGAGAUCGGUAGAACUGACAGAUUUAAUUGUACAAGGAGUAUGUACAAGGGAGUCCAACAAGAUAAACCUGAGUUGUCCCUUCUUGAGAACCCUCAACAUUCAGAAGUGUGAUAUGCUGACAGAUGAGACACUAGAAGAAAUUUUCUGUCAUUGUCCAAAGCUGACAUCACUAACAAUUUUAGGAAGUAAUCAGCUGAGGAAUUUACAGAUACCAGAAUCUCUGGAAGUUUUAAGUGUGACAGGUCUGAGGAGAUUACAGACUGUCCGAGUAACGGAAUCGUCCAGAAUACAACAUCUGACCCUGAAUAAUCUACCCAAAUUUACACCAAGUUUGAGAAUGGAGCUAUUAAGGCAGUGUGAGAAGUCUUUAGAAGUUCUAGAGGUCAGAGCCAUACCAGGGGAGAUAAAUCUCUCCCUCCAACUCACUCAAUUAAAGUGUCUUACGCUGGAUCAAGGCAUUCAUCUGUCCACACUAUGCAUAAAAUGUCCAAAGCUGUCAGCUCUCAGGGUACAAGGCUGUCCUAAGCUAUCUCACUUGGAGAUUGAAAUUGAGAAGUUGUCCCAGAUUCAGGUCCACCACAGCGUACAGUUACUGGCACUCCAUCACAUAAGGAUAAGAAUUACGUCCAUUAGACGACUGUCAUCUGUACUAGUUCAUUAUACUCCAAAUCUACAGUCAUUAACAAUUGAGGAAGGCAGAACUUCAAAAGAGGAGAUAGUGAAACUUGGCAGGUCAUUAUGCUGUUUAGAAAAUAUAAUUUUGAAGAACUGUGUAGAAGAAGAUAAUUGUGGAGAAAGGUUUAGCCCAUUAUUUCUUAGACGGGGAAACAAUAUUCCAUUAAAUGUUUCAAGGACGUGAAAGUGUGGACGUGAUCGUGGAAAACGUGGAGCGAGACGUACAGUGUACUAUUUAGUUUAGUACAUUGACUCCUGCAGUACUUCUGUUUACCUUCCAAUGGGUACAGAUCUACGACUACGGACGGCGAGUGUUUGGUUCCAGUGACAAUAUGCCACAGACAGUAUUCGUUUCAUGAUUUUAAUUUUAAAACUUCUUUUACAAUGGGAAUUCUGUGACAUGUCAAAUGUGCUCAGAAUAAAUUUUUCAAUCAU